AUGGCUGAUAACCCUUUACAAAGUGUCACUCUGCAUUAUGCUUGCAUUUUUCUCAGAGCUGUCAUCAGCUUAAUAGAUGAAGCUUAUGGUGUUCAUAUUAAGAAUGUUAUCUCAGAAAAAUACCAUGAGAUUUUUGUGGAUGCAAUUUUACCUGAACCUAAGGGCCUUGAAAUAUCCUUGGUUGAUGCUGAAUACCAUCAGCCCUCCUGUGUCCCAACACAUGUGGAGCAAAAUUCAAAAAUGGCUAUGGCAGCUGUUUUCCAAAACCACUCUGAGACAUUUGAAGCAUCACUCUCAAUUGGAACAAAUAUCACUUUUACCUGGUUCUUCUCAGACAUAAACCAAAAGUACAGUCAUCACUCCUCUACAGAACUUGUUUCUCUCAAAAAUCAUUCUUUUACCAGAGUUGGAGUUUUUAUAGUUUCUGUUACUGGAACCAACCAAUAUGGAAGUCUUUCAAAGAACCUAAGUGUGAUUGUUCAAAGUCAGUAUUUGAAAGAUCUUUCAUUUAACCUGCCUCCUAAUGCAAAUAAGUUUUAUCAAGUGAAUGAACCAGUUCAUUUUCUGGUAUCGUUUUUUACUGCAACGCGAGAAGACACAUUGUUACAGAUAGAUUUUGGUGAUGGUAAUAAGAAAAUGUUUAUUCUUGAUGCCAACCAUACUAGUCAUACAAGUGACUGUCAAGCACCAGUCUUAUUACGUAAAGAUUAUGGGGAUGGCUGCUAUCUUCAAGGAGAAGUCUGCUACACCUAUUCAAUACCAGGAAAUUUUAAACCUCAUGUUACUGCUAAAAACAACAUCAGUUCGGUAAAAGCAACACUGGAUCCAGAGUUAAUUGUUUAUGAAGAAAUUAAAUCUUCUGUCAUUUUAUCAAAUAUCUUUAUUCCAAAAUAUAAGAAUACUACCUUUUUCUUGAAAUCACCAACAUUAUCAGAAAGUCAUCCAGUUAGGUGGGUGAUUAGAAGAAACGAACAAAUUGUUCUUAUCACAACAGAUUCCUCAUACUUACAGCACACAUUUCAAGACACAGGGCAAUACAAUGUAUCGGCUGCAUUCCACACACUGCAGGAGAAUCAAGAAACAGUACAAAAAAUCGUAUUUGUAAAAGAACCUAUAACAAGUGUUACACUGCAGCCUAUUAGUAACUAUUUUCUCGAGACAGGUCAAAGUGUGACCUUUUAUGCUCAUACUUCUGUCAAUACACCUGUUAACUUCUACUGGAACAUUGGUGGAAAAACAUAUUCUCUUCAAAAGAAUCUCACUUCAAGUCAAAGCCAUGUGUUCAAAAAUGCUGGAGAGUUUCACGUGUCUGUUAGCACCUAUAAUGAAGUCAGUAAUGUCACUGCCACUCUGGCACAGAAAAUUGUUGUUCAAGAACCCAUAAAAUUACUAGAACUUCUUAUUGAUGAAGCAGUGUCAGUUAAUCUCCCUGUCUUACUCUGUGUACAAGUCAUGUCUGGUUCUGAUUUCAAUUUACUUUGGAAUUUAGGUAACUCUCUACAAAAUUAUGAACUUGUCAAAAAAAAUGGCAGUUAUGCUUGCAUCGAACAUAUAUUUAAGACAGUCGGAUCUGUGAAUAUCAGUGUUGUGGCUUUCAACAACAUUUCAAACAUAACUGAAAGCUGUGAAGUCCUUGUGGAGGAACCACUGACAUAUUUCAGUAUUGAUAUUCUCAGGCCAACACUUACCGGGAUUCCAAUUCUGUUUGUCAUGAGGACUACAGAUGUAUUCAAGAAACUUCCUCACCUAAUCUACCAGUGGGACUUCUCUAAUAAUGUGUCUUUGAAAACAGCCUGGCCACUUAUCUCUUUAGAUUUCUCUACACCUGGACGGUUCCAUGUUGAUGUGACGGCGUAUAACAAGGUGAAUACCACAAAACUAAGGCGAGACUUUCAUGUCAGUGAAAGAAAUAGUCAUGAAGUAUGGAUUGAAAAUCCCACAUAUGUUUCAGUUGAGGAGGAAGUUACACUUCGGCUGAAUGGGCUGAAACAUACAGGUUCUGAAGAUGCUGUGAUAAAGUACAGUGAUGGUAUUGCUGAAACACUCAAGCAAAACAUCCCUUUCAGCUGGACACAUAUAUUUCAGAGAAAUGGAUUAAUUGAAGUCUCUGUACAGAUUGCUGUAAAUUCGUCAUCAGAAAUUCUUUAUCUGAAGGGAGCCAUCUAUGUUGAUGAACCUAUAAAAGGUUUUAAACUUAAUGGCCCGGAAGUUGUCAAUCUGCUUAAGAAUUCCACAUGGGAGGCUGUCUUUAGAGGCAACCCAUAUAAUUUAUUUCACUGGAAUGUCACAAACCUGGAGUAUGACAUUGAAUCAGCUCUCGUUACUUCCAGUGAGCCAAAACUUUCUUUCCACCUCUCCGUGCCUAGCUUCUAUAAUAUCUCUGUUUUUGCUAAAAACAGUAUCAGCCAACAAAAUGCCUUCGUGAUUGUAGAAUCAUGUUAUCCAGUGUUAAAAAUUGACUUGGACACCAUAUAUGGUGUUGCUAAUAAAUCGGUGCCGAUUGAUUUCUACGUGUAUGGUGGCAUUUAUAUAUCAGUUGAUGUUAGUUUUGGAGAUGGCGAAGAAAGAAUAUUUGCACCUGAUGAUUUGCUACAGAUGCCGUACUAUAAUUUCUUUGAAGCUACUGAACCCAGCGAGACACCAGAGCAUGAUGUUUCCAUGACCUAUUUGUAUACUGUCCCUGGACAAUAUGAACUUGAAAUGAUUGUUUACAAUGAUGUGUCAAGUAUAAAACGUAAAGCCACUGUAAUAAUUGAUGAAGCCAUUACUGGUUUCCGAAUUGAAACAAAUUCUUCGAGAGUUGUCUCACUGGAUGAAUCUGUAACUGUGACUGCAUACGUUGACACUGGUAAUAACAUCACUUUCAGUUGGAAACACUCAGCUGAUUGCUAUAUAGUCAACUUAAUCAGUGACAAUCGAAGUAGCACAGCAGUAUUCAGAUUCCUUACAGCAGGUCAAGAGUAUGAAAUAUCGGUAGAAAUGGUCGAUCCUUGGAUGAUAUCAAAAGAAGAGAUAACGCUACCAUUUAAAUUUGCUCCUGUUCAAAGAAUUACCAAUGUUGUUAUCUUUCCUCUAUCGGGGAGAUAUGGUGCACCCUUAAGUCAGCCUCCAGUUCAGACAACUUCAAAAAUUGUAUUUCAAGCUAACUGCACAGGUUCAAAUGUUACAUUUCUCUUUGAUUAUGGGGAUGGUGAAGAUGUUGACGUUGUUUAUGUUCUUAACAGCUUUACUGACAAUGUUCAAAAUGCUGUAUCAUACAAAAAAUUUGCUAAAGAGGGAAUUUAUUCUAUCAAGCUAACAGCCAGAAAUCCUCUGGGAAAUGUAACAGUAAGCAUGGCAGAACUGUUUUAUGUUCAACAUCCACCUAAAAAUCUCACGAUUAAAAGCACUAAUGCCAGUUAUCUGUUAGGUAACAACAUCACCUUCCAAGGUUUUCUGGAAUCAGGCACAAAUGUUACCUUCGACUGGAACUUAGGAGAUCAAACAGAACUAAUAAAUGCAGGAUUGACUGUGAGUCAUCGCUAUCUAACAGCUGGCAGGAAAUCUAUAACCCUUCAUGCAAAAAACAAAGGCUCCACAAUCUCUACAUCUAUGGAGGUAUAUGGAUGGAAUAAAAUUUCAAGUGUUCAGCUCAAGAACAAUGGCUCCAUCAAAAAGGGAGCUGUCAUGGAGCCGAUGUUGCUUGAAGCAGUUCUUGUCCCAAGUUUCAGGCAUACUUUACAAUACAUGAAAUGGGAUUUAGGUAACAACAAUGAUAAUGUAUUGACAUACCUUGCUUCAUGUGAAACGGUUUAUCGUCAAAGUGGUCGAUACACUGUGACAGCAACAGCAUUUAAUGACUUUAGUCAUGCAAUUUCAGAACCUCUCGAAGUUCAAAUAUUCUCCAAAAUAUCAUCAUUAGAAAUGACCAUGUCUGGUCCGGUAAUUGUUGACUCUUUAAUUAAGUUUUCAUCGUACUACUACUCGGGAUCUGAUUUAAAUUUUCGGUGGAACUUUGGUGAUGGCACACCUGAGGAAACAGAGAAAACAGUCUAUCAUAAAUUCAACAGAACUGGUAUAUAUGAUGUGAUUUUGACAGUGUUUAAUGAAAUCAGCAAAAGUGUUGACACCAAAAAGUUGUUUGUACUGGAAUAUCCUUGCAACCCACCAGAAGUUAAUAUCCUUGGAUCCAACAAUCAGAUAGUCCAGCGUUCCAAAGAUGUCCAUAUUGAACCAGUUGUGUCAGUUGACUGCUCCAAUAAAAGAGACAUUAGUUAUAUUUGGACAAUCAAAAAUAAAACAACUGGUGAAAUAGUGCAACCGAAAAACAUUGCAAAGGAAGUAUUUGAAGAGAGAAUCCUUUUCCUUCCAAGGCUGACUCUUCAAUAUGGAAAUUAUACAGUUGAUUUAGAGGUGAAAAUUGAUGGAACAAUUGUGUACACCAAAGUAAGGAUGGGUCUCACUGUUAUACCAUCCCCUCUCCAUGGCAUCAUUGUAGGUGGUAUCAUGCGAUAUGUAUCACGUGCAUCAAAAAAAAUUGUUCUUGAUGGAUCAUAUUCCAGAGAUCCAGAUUCACUAACUAACAGCCAUCUCAGAUAUCAAUGGCACUGUUUGAAUUUAGAGAGGAAAAAUUCUACCUGUUUCAAUGAUACUUUCAAUGAUAACAACAUUGUGAAGAAUGAAUCCAUCUUAGUAUUUCCUGGUAGCUCUUUGAAAACUGGACUGAAUGAUUUUGAGUUUCGGCUUACUGUCUCUGUUCCAAAUUCUGAGAAAGUGGUAGUAUCUCAAGUUCUUUUUGCCUCGCACAUACCAAAUAUUCUAAAUGUGAUGGUUGCAUGUACAACAUGUGUGAACAAUGUGAUGAAUGCCAAUGAGAAACUGACACUGGAAACUACAUGUGAUAACUGUGGUGAUAAUGCAAGUGCCUUGACCUAUGAGUGGAAUGUGUUCCGAGUUAUUGAUAAAAAAUACAAUAAAAAUUACGGUGCCCAUGACUAUGGCAAAUGUGUUGAAGCCAAUGGGUCAUCCUACAUAAAGUUGAUAUUAAAUGAUACGGAAGAAAACACCACCACUACCUCCAACACCAAUACUACACAACAGCCAACUACAACAACAACAACUACUACUACUACUACUACUACUACUGUGAAGCCAACAAUACCUCCACCAAAAAUGCCACCAAUUUAUGAAGACCCUGUUGAAGAAAUGCCAAGUAAUCCUUUUUUCCAUGCCAUGGGUAUACCGGAAGUUAUUGAAGGAGAAGGGGAAAGCAGCAGGCAUGGCCGUUGGCCACCAAUUAUUGAAGAAGGGGAAAGCGGCAAGCAAGACCGUCGGAUGCAACCCCAAUUACCUCAGAGUAAAAAUGUUGAAGAUACAAUUGUGAGUCCUGAUCCUGUAGUUAAUGUUGAACACAUUGUCAGCAAGUCACGUCGGAAUGUGGUACUAAACAUCAAUGAUACUUUAAGCAUGAUGAGUAGUCAGUCUCUUGUAAUUAAACCAGGUGUGCUAUCUCAGGGACGAGACUAUAUCAUUCGUGUAAAUGUCUCAAAAAAAGAUAAUGAUACCGAUAAGGGUACAUACGGAGUUGCCUAUGCUCAUUUCCAUAUUAAUGAGAGUCCAUAUUUAGGAAGCUGCAACAUCAAGCCAUUACAAGGAGUAGAAAUGAAAACCUCUUUUAGUGCAUUCUGUUAUGAAUGGAAAGAUAAACACCAACCUUUGAUUUAUGAGAUCAGUUAUAAUUUUGAAAAGAACCAACGGAAGAACUUGCUUUAUCGUGGCCUCAAUGCAACCUUAAACUUUAUGUUACCAGCAGGAAAUCCAGAAAAUAAUUUUAAAGUCAAUGUGUAUAUUGCCGUGAUGGACAGCUUGGGAGCUCGAACGUCUGUUUGUUUCAUACCUAUUACAGUGACACCAAUCGAAAGUGGUGCUGAUGAUUAUCUAAAUAACACAUUGAGGCGCUAUUUGGCUGAAGGUGAUGAUCGAAAUGCACGAAUAUUCGUUAAUAUGCUGGCAAUCCGACUCAACCGGUUUAAUCCUAUAAAUGAGUCAAUGAAGAAUUCCAGCUGGAAAACCAGGCAUUCACUUUUGAAAAUCUUGAACAGUUUACCAGUUCGAGAUGAGUUUGAAACUCUUCAGACAAUGCAAGCUGUUGAAUCCAUUACACUGAAAACAGAUGAGCUAAACAUGGAGUCAGCGAAUCUGUCAUUCAAUAUACUUCAGUCUAUUCUUGAUGCUUCAAAGAAGCUUUAUGAUGUGAUGGGUCACCAGACAGAAAACCUCCUUCAGCUUGCCAUUGAUUCUUUAUCAAAUAUUGUUGAAGCUUCGUCAACAUCACUGGAUUCUUCAACAUUCAUUGUGAAGUCAUCAGAUGUAGCAAAUGGAUUUAUUACAAAUGAAUUGAAGUUUGCUACGGUUGAAGAAAAACCAAUCCAACACAAAUCUCCUGGGAUCAGUAUUUAUGCUGCUCGAUAUAAUAUUAACUUCAAGCCAAAACUAACCAUAGGCAAAGCAUCGUUUGUCCUACCAGAAGAAUUAACAAAACAUGUUGAUCUUAACCCUAAUGAUGACAAAGAUUCUCCAAAGCAAGGAAUCAGACGUAAAUGUUAUCAAGCACAGAUGACAUCAUUUCACAAGAAAGGCUAUCCUCUUGGAAGUAUGGAGACUAAUAAGGUGCAAUCUCAGGUUACAUCACUCAAGUUAUACAGUUGCGAUGGUAAAGCUAUUAUUGUUAACCACUUACCUAAAGAAAAACUCAUUACUAUUGGUAUUCCAUCAGAAAUUAACGCAGAUAAAACUAUUGGUAACCAUACCUUAUAUCGGACACACAUGAACAUCCAUCAGUUUAAUGUUUCAAAAUUAAAUAGAAACCAAUCUUUUCAUGUAUUGGUCAACUUUACUCCAGUAUAUACGAGUCAACUAUUCCCUAUUACUGUCUCGAUAAGCGAAAAUCGACCAACGAAGUCCAUGCAAUAUAUCUAUACUAAAACAUUCAACCCUGAUGAAAAUGUUGUGAAAAUAUUUUUACCAUCUGGAGAACUGGAAAAUGGCACUUACUACCUCAGUAUUGUGGAUGCCACAUACAAUGAAGGACGUCCACGACGGGGUGUAGCAACACAUCGCAAUUACACACUGAAACUGUGGUGGGGACAGUGUUUAUUUUGGAACAAAACUGACUCAAUGUGGUCAGACAGUGGUUGUACUGACACCAGUGAAUCAACACCAAAGUGGACUCAGUGCAAAUGCAAUCAUCUGACCUGUUUCAAGAGCCAUUCAGUGUCAGUUGUCAACAAACUAAGUAUACUUGAUGUUGAAAUUUUCAUUGACCCUAAUGUAAACCCAAUACCAACAGUUCUUACUAUUGUGCUUCUCUUCGUCUACUCCGUGCUCCUUUUCCUAUGUCACAAGGCAGAUCUACAUGAUGCCAAAAAGAAUGGUAUCAUUUACUUAGAGGAUAAUUCUGAUACAGACCGACAGAAGUAUGAAAUCAUUGUGGAAACUGGGUUUCGUAAAGGAGCUGGGACAACUUCAAAAAUCAGUAUUAUUCUUCAUGGUGAAUAUGGCAUGUCUGAAACUAGAGAACUGAUAUCUGAUGAUGAGAAGCCCCUCUUUGAGAGAAACUCUCGUGAUAAAUUUGUUAUGACAUUACCUGAUAGUAUUGGCAAAUUGCAGAAGAUUCAACUUUGGCAUAACAACUCAGGAACUUCUCCCAGUUGGUACUUAAGUCGAGUCAUUUUGAAUGACUUAAACUCAGGUCAGACAUAUUAUUUCAUUAGUGAACGUUGGUUUUCUGUGAGCAAAGAUGAUGGCAGAGUUGAACGUGAGCUGUGGGCUGCAAAAGAUAAUGUUGGAUUUAAUACAAUAUUCUUUGCUAAAGGUGCUCAAUACAUUGCUGAUUACCAUUUGUGGACUUCAAUCAUAACUAAACCACCACACAGUCGAUUCACUAGAGCACAGAGAGUAUCUGUUUGCUUGACAUUACUCAUGGGUUACAUGUCCCUGAAUGCAUUGUGGUACCAUUUUGUCUCAAAAGAGUAUCGAGGCGAGUUUGGUCUCCUUGAUGUGUCUUGGCAGUCCAUUGCCGUUGGUUUCUGCAGCUGUAUUAUUACUCUGCCAAUAAAUUGGAUUUUAGUUUUCCUUUUCAGGAGAACUUUGAUCCCAUACCCAGGACUAGAGGAAGAUGAAGACUAUGAAGAUGGGAAAUCGGAAGAUGCUGAAAUGCCGCAUACUAUUCACAUUGAGCCAGUAAUGACAUACUCCCCCACCCCUACCAUCUUGACCCUGCAGAAUCUCCAGGAAUGGGCCUGUAGAAAGUGGAAAAAACAACAGCAGGAACAGCACACUUCUAGUACAGAUUCACCACUUCCACAUUCUGAGAACAGUAGUAAACCAUCCAUGCCAUCCUUAAGGGAAGUUGUAACCCAAGAGAAAAAUGAUAUUUCAGAAAACGAUGAGGCAGAUCAGGUAUCCAGUGGCUUUGAAGAUUUUAACAGCCAAUAUCACAGAUCAAUGUUGUCAGCUGAUUUACUCAAUAUGAACACCAAACUUGACUUGGAUUCCGAUCAGUCAAAUGAUUUGCUUAAUAAAGACUUCAGUUCGCAGAAAAUAAAACUUCUCCAAAAACCAGAAGGCCCCAAUGUCUCACGUCAGUCAAAACGCUUGUUCCUUCCUGUCUAUUGCCGCUGGAUAGACUAUGGUCUCUGCCUUCUGCUCACCCUUGUAUGUGCAGCUGUUGUUAUGUUUUUUGGACUUAGAUUUGGUCAUACUAAAUGUAUGAUGUGGUUGCAAUCAGUUUACUUCAGUCUUACAACUUGUGUCUUCAUCACACAUCCUCUCUGUAUCUUCAUCAUUACAGUCUACAAUGCCUACAACUACCGUUCAAAUCCAGCAAUAUUUGACCAUUAUGAUGAUGGUUUUUAUGGAGAGAAACCAGAAUACAAGAAAAGAAAACAACCAGUAUGUUGUGAAGAAUGCAAGGAAUUUGCUGCUCGUCAACGAUCACGACACCUGCGAUUUUCAAGGCCACCCCAGAAAAAGCAGUUGUUAAAUUCCAGUAAAAAGUCUAUUAAAGAAAGGAAAUCAUAUUCCUUUUUCAGAGAUGCUGCAAUGCUUGGACUAAUGAUUAGUGUUCUAUGUGUUAUGGCAUUCGGGAAAGGUUCACACUCUUCAUUCAUGUUCAAUGAAAGCCUUAAGAACAUCUUCCUACGGUCAGGGAAUCAACAAUUUCUUGGAAUCAAAAAUGUUGACCAAUGGUGGGAGUGGCUUCAAACUUCUUUUCUUGAUCAAAUGUAUUGGGACCCUUGGUACAACAGAGAUUCAAACAAUUUAGAUAUGAAUUAUAUUGCUGAUGGAAGCAGCUAUUUGCUGGGCAAAGUUCAUAUUCGAAACAUUCAACAUACUCAAAAGGGUUGUCAGCUCCAGAAUAAUCUAUGGCCUGUUUUAUGUGAAGAUUCCAAUCAUACUCAAGAUGGAACCACGAAUAUUAGGAAUACACUUACUAAACUGUCCAGACAAAGGUCAGAAACAUACAAAAUAAUAAUGAAGAUGAAAAAAGAUGAGAUUAUCAAUGCUCAAACCCAGCAAAUUAUCAUAGAGUUUACUUUGUAUAACCCACCAACUAAUCUUUUUAGUUCCGUGUCAUUGAAUUUGCGUAUUCUAGAGACUGGUGUUACCGAACCAGACUUCCAGAUAUCAUGUACCCAUUUAUUCCGCUACAUCAGUCCCUUAGAUAACUUCAUUCUGUCAUGUGAGUUGCUGUUUGUUAUAUUGAUGCUGUUUAGCAUGAAGAAGUUGUUCUUUGAUGUCAUAAGAUACCAUGAAAAAUUUCUUGGUCAAACAUGGAAACUCAUAGAUGCUUCAAUUUGUAUUACGUCUUUAAUAUACAUGGGUUGUUAUGUGUAUCGAUUUGUACUGGUGUCUAAUAUAAUUGAAAAACUGCGCAGUUCUUUCUACAAGGAAUAUGUAGAUAUAUCAUUCAUCACUAUCUGGGAUGAGAUAUUGAAAUGCCAGAUUGGAAUAGUGCUCUUUUUGUCUGUGCUGAAACUUCUAUCACUAUCACGCUACAAACAGUUGUUUUCAAUGACUGAAUCAGUCUAUAGCCGAGCAAGUACAGAAAUUCUCAUUUUUGCAGUUACUUUGUUUGUGGUAAUAAUUGCUUACACCAGUCUUGGUUGUUUAGCAUUUGGUGCUGUCAUCAGCAACUUCCAGAACAUUUGGUCAGGCUUUCUGGCAAUGACUGCUCUAUUGACACGUAACAACGAUUUCUCUGAAUUUAAUGAUGAUGCUUAUAUUGGAGGAAAGCUCUUUGUCCUUUCCUAUGUUGCCUUAGCUACAACACUCUUCACUGCAUAUAUAUUUUCCAUCCUAUCCUCUAAUCAUGGUUCCUACAAGCUGAAAACAAAUGGUGUGAUGAGUUUGCGAGAAUCUUUAAUAUUCAUCUGGAAAAAAUUACUUGUGUGGACUGGAUUAAGGAAUGAAGAUUAUCCAGAUGACGGCGAUUGUGCACUGCCAGCUGAAUUCACUUUGGCUGAAAUAGAAUACCAAGUCGAUGAAUUAUUGUUCCACAUGAAUGCACUCCUUGGCCUUUCUGGUAUGCCUGAGAAACCUAUGUAUUAUUUAACUGAUUCUGAUAAUACAUCUGAUCGAGUCGGAGAUGAUGGUAUUUCUACAGGAGCAUCAGGUGUUUCAACAAGUGAAUCAGAGGUUCGGGGAGAAUUGCUUUAUGAAGAUAGAUUGGAAAUGCGUGUUCAAAAGAUAGAAGAAAAUCUCUGUUCAAAAGAACCUUAUUUGGCACCAUUAAUCAAGGGCCAGAAAUCUGAUGAAGAAAUGUUGUCACCUGAGAAGGAAAAUGAACUGAGGUCACAGUUGGAACUGAAAAUCUUCUGUCAACUUCAAAUGCAACGACAAGGCCACAUUGCACCUUUGUAUGAUGAAAGACUUAGUAAUGAUUCCAGCACGACCUCCAUGCAAGAGAGUCCAAGUGUGGAAAGGUCUCCAUCUUCUAUUUCAGACAGCAGUUCUCAACAGGCUCAAGUCCAGUUCUCUAAAACGCCAGAAAUGGAUAAUGGAUAUGAUGAUUCUUUAUCAGAAAAUGUCCAAGGAAACAAUCCAGAAGCUUUCCAGAAAUCUGUACCGCAUUUUGAUUCUUCUUCUAAAAUAAAACCAACUUCAGUGGCCUUAAAAUGUAAACCUACUAAAAGCAAAAUUGAGGUGGAUAACAAGACUGGAAGCUUUUCAAAUAACAGUCCUGGAAAAAACAAGGAGUUACCUCCCAAGCCUACUUAUAAAUGUACCAAAUUAGUUGACAGUGGACAAGCAACAACCCAUAAUAAUAAUGGUAACAGUACACCAGUGCCUAUUGUAAAUUUUCUGAGGCAUGUUCCUGAGACAAAACGCUCUUCAAGAAAAGAUAAUUUUGCACCACCUGAGUCCAGUUCUGGUUCAGAACUUGAUGCUAUUUCUCAUAGCCGCCGCUUACCAGGCAAACGGAAUCUGCGUAAGACAAAAUCUAAAGGUAAAGGCAAAGGUGGUGCUGCAAGCCUUGUACCAAUUGGUCUCUUUGAGCAGUUGAAUCUCGAUCUGUCUGCUUCAGAAGAUGAGAACAAUGAUGCUGAUUGCCAAUCAGCCGCUUUGUGUGAGAACAUUCAAGAAUGCAAAGAUCUUCAAAAAGAACAUGUAGAAACCUUUUCAACAAGGGCAACAUCAAACCGACAAAAAGAGCCGACGAUUCAUGAAAUUGAUCCAUGAGCUUGUUGGUAAAUUUUCAAGAAAGACUUCCAAAACUGAUGGUUACAAAGAAGAGACAUUAACAAUAAUUGAAAGAGAAAUUUAUUCUGAGGGCCUGAGUGACUCAUAUUUUCUGUAUUUAAGAAUAUUUUGUUUGUAUCCACAGAAUUGUCAACUUUGUUCAUGAGGAAACUCGUAGCAGUUUUCCUUAUUUAAAAUAUUGACUGAUUAAUGACUGUGAAUAACAAUUGUUGUAAUUAAGAACAAUAGUCAUUUACUCUUUGGGGUUAUCUAGAUGAAAUUUUGUAAGUAUUGUGUUUGUAUGCAUGUUUGUGUGCUUUUAAAGGAUUUUAAAAAGGCUAAGUCUAGAGAAAGAGUAUAUUAAGAAAAACAAAAGAAUGAGAAAUAUAUAUUGAAAAGAAAUUGAGAAAGUUAGAGAAAUAGUCUAAAGAAACUAGAGAGUGUAUUACAGAAAGUAAGAUUUCAUGUAUAUAAUGGUAGAAUGUGUGUGUGUAUAUAAUAUCGAAAUAGGCAACAAGAGGCCAGUGUAUAUGUGUGCAUGUCAUAUCAAUAGCUUAUGUGUGAUAUGUGUAUAAACACAUAUACACCCAUCCACAGAGAAACAUGUUUGAGUAGGUGUGUGUGUGCGUGCAUGCGCAUAUGUGUGUGUGUGGUGUGCGUGCAUGCGCAUAUGUGUGUGUGUGUGUGUUUGAAAGAUAGCUGCUGCAGUAAUUGAAAGAUACAGAAAUGGAAAGCAACAUGUCAAGAUUUCUGGGAAACACACCUAUAGUGGUUUGAAGCCAAUUGGGUUAGCAUAUUUGAAGAAUGACUAGUUUCCAGAUGGUUGUGCAAUUUCUUACUUCUCUAAGAUUAAUUAGUGAAAGAGGGGUUAUUCUAUUAUUGUUGUUAUUUGUUCCUUUUUCCUUUUACUCACUAAUUUUUUUUUUUUUUUUUUCAAAAAUACUUUUUAAAUGGGACCAUAGUUUUUUUACAGGCCAAUUUUUAAAAUCAAAAUCAUAAAUUACAAUUCUUACUGCAUGUCACAAUAACAGUGAUUUGUUGCUUACAGGGAAUUAAAUAUUUUAUUCUUGUGUACCUGAUUUUUACCCAAGCCAAAUUAUCAAAGAAAUCCUUGCCCUCACAUCAUCGAAUCGCAGAACUAAAGUUCUCUAAAUAGUUAUUGAUGUCAGGAGUUGUGCUUGUGAUGUUUCACAGCCACUCUAUUUCAGGUGUAUUCAACAGUUGUCUUUGCUAGAUUUUCUUGUGCUCAUUAUUUAGAGUGUGGUUUGGUGCUAUUAAUGAAACCUCUCCACUUAAUUAGCCAUUAAAUAUUUUUUUAAUAAUUGUAUAAAUAGUACCUGGGAUUUCCAAGCUGUUAAUUUUUUUUUUUUUUUUGUGUGUGUGUGUGUGUCUAACAUCAUUUUGAUUAGUAGUUGUGUUCUCUAAUUGUCUUCAGAAACCCAUUUUUCUGUUUUUUAUUUCAUACAAAUAAUACUAUACUUUGGCUUGAUUUUGAAUCAAACACCAGAACUUUUACUUCCAGUACAACCAAAGGAUAUGCCUAUCUGUUACAAAUGAAGACAACUAGAGAAUGUCAGAAAUAGAAGGAAGAAAAUCUGUUGUGAAAGAUGAAGUUGAUAUUUUGGAAAACUUAAAAUGUGUUUAACAAUGGCAUAUUUCAUAAGUAUAGAUAUUAUAUUAUGCUCACUGUUUUAUAUACUUGCUCUGCUAUACCAAAAUAAAAACAAAGCAAAAUCAGUAAAAAAAAAACACAUACAAAAUGACUAACCAACCAAAGUUUUCAUGAAAUCAUAAAUGGAUGUGAGAUGUGAAUGUGUAUCACACAUUAUUUUAUAAAAUAACCAUUCUUUUAAUUUUCUUUUUCUAUGUAUAUAGCUCCAUGCCAUAACUAUGAUUUUUAACCUGUGAAGAACUUUAUGUGCUUAUGUUUUAUUAUAUAUAUAUAUGUGUAUAUAUAUAUAUAUAUAUAUAUAUAUAUAUAUAUAUAUAUAUAUAUAUAAUAUAUAUAUAUAUAUAAACAUUGAAGUAUGUGCAAUUGUUCAUGUGCAGACAGUCAUUUGAAUAUUCAUAAGAAAGGCUGUAGAUAUGAAUAUACAUACAGACACACACAUACAUACACACAUACAUACGUACGUACAUACAUAUAUAUAUUAUCUACACACACAUACACACACACACACACAUACAUAUAUAUUCAUAUGUACACACAAGCACAUGCACAUAUACAUGCAUACAGAUUUAUAUUUUUAGAAAAAAUCUUCCAUGCAUACAUUUUCAAAUUCUAACUUUUGAUUAGAAUUUAAAAUGCAUUUUCUGUAAGCAUCUUUCCUGAUAUAAUUCAAAUAUUUUUAUGUUUUUCUUUUCAAAACAUUUUUAAUUCAAUUCUCUGGUUUAAAGAAAAAGAAGGAAAUUUUUUUUUUUACCUUAUGUAUAAAAGUUUAGACUUUGAUACUUUAUCAUUAUUGGCAAAACCUGGCAAAAUGGUUUUAAUGUGUCGGGCCAAAUGCUUAGUGGCAUUUCCUCUGGCUCUUUAUGUUCUGAGUUCAAAUUAUGCCAAGGUACACUUUGCCUUUCAUCCUUUUGAGGUCAAUAAAUUAAGUACCAGUUGAUCACUGGGGGGGUUGGGGGUCGAUGUAAUUGACUAACCCCCUCCCCUCAAAAUUGCUGGCCUUGUGCCAAAAUUAGAAAUUACUAUUAUUGUUGUUGUUAUUAUUCAUCUAAUACUUUUGUAUCCAUGAAUUAACAGUUAUAUUUUGUGAAAAGAUUCCAGAAAUACUAUCAGAAUAUAUAUUUUUUGCUGAUAUUUUAUCCCUGUAACCAAUGACUAAAAAAAAAAGAACUGGAUUAAAUUCCACUGUAUUUGGGCAUUUUAAUGAAAAUAAAGCGAUGUUAUCUGA